CCGGCAUUUUCGAGCAUUAAAACAGCUCUCCAGCCUGGGUGUGUACGUUGUAUCUCUGAGGUUUGCGGCGGCGACUGUGUGUGUGUGUGUGUGUAUGUGAGUCUGGCAGACUGGGGGGGGACACAUUACCCUGCCCACUCUCUGGGUCCUGAGUCUCGGUGCGUGUCUCAAAACGGGGCCGGUGUUGACAGGCGUAGGGCUGACAGCAGAGGCGUCAGGGCUCCAGUGUCAGGACGGAACAGAGGGAACGGCCUGUCCCUCCGUGUCCCCGGGUCCUCUGGGACUCACACACUGAGCACGAUUGUAAGAUGCGUGCCGUUUCAGCCGGCAGCUUUGUCUAGGGUGACAUCAGACGCCAGCUGAGUGCCGCCAUGCUGUCUCCUGCGCCACGGACUAAAGUUUGAGAGCGGAAGUUGUGGAUGUUUUUUUACAGGAGUUGCAUCUGAUAAGUGAUGAGAACUCGUUUGUUUCUGAUCCGGCGGUUCUGUGUCAUUCAUGGAUCUACACGUGUCAGACUCUUCUGACAGUACGGCCGACAUGGACCGCAUGAGGAGGAAUAGAGUGGAACAUGAGCGUCAGACCCAUCAGGUCUUACAGAAUACUCCUUUGGACCUGAUUGAAACAGGCAAGUCCUUAAAGGUACAGGCAGAGCGCCCCCACCUGGUUAGCUUGGGAAGUGGACGCCUGAGCACAGCCAUCACUUUGCUUCCAUUGCUCGAAGGGACAACCACGCUGGGUGGCGAUGGGACAGAUAUCCCUCUGCAGGGCCCAGGCAUUGCACCUCAGCACUGCUACAUUGAAAACCAAGCCGGGAACAUCACCUUACACCCAUGUGGAAACCAGUGCUCUGUGGAUGGCAUUCUCAUCACCAAGCCCUAUCGCCUCACGCAAGGGUGCAUGCUGUGUUUUGGUCAGUCUGCCUUCUUCCGCUUCAACCAUCCUGAGGAGGCUCAGAGGAUGAAGAGUAUGCUGCCUGCAGGGAGCCUCAGAGUGAACACAGUCAAACCGUUCCCCUCUGACCCCCACAGCGUUUCAAAUGGACACCACGGGUCUCUGUCAGACAACAAUGACAGUAACCUCAACGGCGUGGCAAGAACUCAGCAGGACUCCUUGAAGCUGAAACCAUCCUCGUCAUUAUCUGGGUUUGGUAAACAGUCUUUUCAACCAACUGCUUUAGACAUGCCAAAUGGGAAAAACGGCACUAUGCUAGGCAGCUCCGGUCAAGAAAACAGCAGCAGCCUUUCUCUGACUCAGAACGUCACCAAUAAACCUCUGGCAGUACCUGUUCCUUAUCCGCGGACUUCACGUCCUGUGGCUGUGAGUGGUACUGGUGGGACUCAGAGAUCCCAGGAGAGCCCAAAGCCUCUUAGAAAUCUGGGGAAAGAGAAAAUGUCAAGCCCCAAGCUUCAUGCCAGAGGAUUGGAAGACUCAAGCAUCAGUCAUAAACCUUCUUCCAUCAAGAUUUCCCACACAGCUCCACCCAGCCCACAACUCAGAAGUUCCUCCCUUCAGACGAGAUCCCACAGCCCAAUGCGAGACCCUAGCCAGCCUCUCUCUGAUGCUGAAGCCCCUCAUAGGAUGACAGGCUCCACCAGCCUUAGGGAAUUUUCUCGGGUCAGCCCCUUUGUGCCGUACAGGGGGGCUCCAGGAUCUCAAGGAGUUCCUCAGAGCACCCAGGGCCAAAGCAAACUUCUAACACCGUUAAAAGCAGAGGCCAUGAGGGCCCGAUACACACUCGCUGGGCAGGAAAAGCAGGCAGAGGGCAGACCGUUACGGCCUGGUCCAACAAUUGGCAUCACGUCGGGCCUUGGCUCAGUAUCUGGUUUGUCUCCUCUGGCAAGCCCUUGUAAUGAACGGAAGACUGCCUGCCUGAGUGCUAAAGGAUCCUCCAGCAAGGAAGAAAAUCCUGCAAAACCGUAUACCAGGGAACGCAAAAACAGUAUCUCCGAGAUCAGCGACAAUGAGGACGAGUUGCUGGAGUACCACCGGUGGCAGAGAGAGGAAAGGCUGAAGGAGCAGGAAAUGGAGAAAAUGGAGCGACAGAGACUGGAGACCAUCCUGAAUCUGUGCGCGGAGUUCAAUCAGGAAGACAGCGCUGCGGAGCCGGGGAGGAGCGGGCCGCUCGGAGGCGUUAGAGGAGUCGGCUCAGAUUCUGGAGGGGCGACAGCGCUCAUGGGGGCAGACCGGGCCCUGAGGGCGGGGGAGAACGAUGAGGAAAUCCAGCGGGACGAAUCCAGCAGCACAGAGAGCACACAUCAAGAGUGUGAGCUGUUUGCUGGACAGGAACAGGUCUACCUGGAGGAGGAGAGGAAAAGAGUCUUGGUCCGGGUUGACGACUUGAAGUACCGAGUUGGUGAACUGGAGCAGCAGCUACAGGAGACCCAACAGGAGGUGGAAAUGGAGCAGGCGCUGCUGCAGGCCGAGAGGCGGGCAGAGCAGGAGCAGGUGAAGGCUGAAAAUGACAUCAUCGCUCAGCUGCAGCUCAAACUCAGUCAGCUGGACAAGGCCACUCAGAAAGAGAAGGACAAGGGCAGAGCUAAAAUGUCGGCUGAGCGGAAGGUCCUGGAAAAGCAGAGGAAUGAGUACAAUGAGCUGAAGAGGCACUUUGAUAUGUGCCCCUUGUCUCAAAGGGAAGAGUUGCGGGAGCAGCUCAGCAGGAAGGCCGAGGCUCUGGAGUGUGGGACCAAGCAGUUUGAGGAGCUGGAGUUCUGCCAGCUGGAGGAGGAGAGCCGCCUAGAGGAGAAGAAGGAAGCCCGCUGCUCGCAGCUUCUCCAAGAGCAAGCCGAGUACCACUGCAGUGUUGCCAACAGGAAGGAGAGGAUGGCUGCUCUGGAAGCUCAGGUGAAGCAGCUGGGGAUGCAAGCUUCCCAAGACUGUGAGAAAAUCGCAAAAGACCGGAUGGCAACCCUGCAGCUACUACACAAGGAGCAAGACACGCUGUGUAGCCUGGAGAAGAGGUACCACGCCCUGACAGGAGGCAGGAACUUCCCAAAGUCCACCAGCAGCAUGAAAGAGGAAUCGCUUCACAUCAGCGAGCCUGACCUUGUUUAUGGGGACGGCCCUCCUCAUAGCCCCUGUCCCUCCUCUUCUCACAACCCCUCCCCUGAGCUCUGUCCUGUCAGGCUGCAAGAGGAGUACCUCAAGCUAUCUGAUGUCUAUCGGAUGUAUGGAGACGCUUACAUGCAUUCCUCUUCCCCCGCUGCUCUCCACUGCCUCUCCCUAACCGUGUCUCCAGCUCUGCCAUGUGAGGACUACAUCACCGUGAGUCAGUUGAGCCAGAUCUUUGGGAUGCAGAGAUGUAAGCCCUCCUCUUCCACCUCUACUCCAUCAUUCCAACUUGCCUCGUCUGAAUCCUCCUUCGCGUGCCACUCGGCUGCAUGCGGUCCUUCCUCCUUUCUUUCUGCUCAGAAACAUGCUGAGCUGAGCAGGAAUGCAAUGACUCCCAUUAAUCUUGAGCGCUGGUACCAGGACAUCAUGGCUGCUGGAGAGCCUCAGUCAUGUCCUCCACCGCUGCCUGCAAAGUCUUUUUCCACACGCAGACAUGGGCAGAUGUUAAAGUCUAAGUCAGAUGGCGAGGUUGGACAGGGACCAUCAACCACUCAGGUCUGCAGCACUGCACUGCUAUCUCUCUCCAGCGGCGUCAUGCAUGACAGAAAUGCCCCAACAACGUUGAUGCUGAGAGAGAGAAACCUGUUAGACAUGGACUCCAGGAAGCAAACAGCUCUGCAGUGCAAAGACCCGUCUCCCACGGUGCAUCACUCCAUCCUGCACCACCAGUCGCCAUCGAGCGGCAACCAGGCGUACGACACCCUGAGCCUGGAGAGCUCCGACAGCUUGGAGACCAGCGUCUCCACUGGCAACUCCGCCUGUACUCCAGAAAGCGCCUGUGGGUUGGAGGCCCAGAGGAUAGAGGAGAUGGAGAAGAUGCUGAAGGAGGCGCAGCAGGAGAAAGCCAGACUGAUUGAGAACAGAGAGAGGGAGGUGCAGGCUCGGCGGCAGAUGCUGGAGGAGGAGCGGCGGAGGCGAGAGGAGGCCGAGAAGAGGCUUCAGGAUGAGUCGGCCCACAGGCGGAGGCUGGUGGAGGAGGAGGUGAAGAUGAGAGAGAAGCACUUCUCCCAGGCGCGUCCCAUGACACGCUACCUGCCCAACCGUAAGGAGGAGUUCGACCUGCGGGCCCACGUGGAGUCGUGCGGCCACUGCAUAGACACCUGCCCCUUCGUCAUCCUCUCCGAGAAAAUGUGCAAAGGCCACCUGGUGAAGAUGGGAGGCAAAAUCAAGUCCUGGAAGAAACGCUGGUUCGUUUUUGACCGUCUCAAGAGAAACUUCUGCUAUUACAUCGACAAGCACGAGACCAAGCUGAAAGGGCUCAUUUACUUUCAGGCGAUUGAAGAGGUUUACUAUGAUCACCUGCGCAGCGCCGCCAAGAGUCCCAAUCCAGCUCUGACCUUCUGUGUGAAAACUCACGACCGGCUUUACUACAUGGUGGCCCCGUCCCCGGAGGCGAUGAGGAUCUGGAUGGACGUCAUCGUUACAGGUGCGGAGGGCUACACGCAGUUCAUGAGCUGAGAGAUGGACGCGACGACGAUAAUGAUGAUGAGGAACAAAAAAAAUAAGAAAAAAAAGGAAAUAACUGGACACCUGCGUGCUGAGCGGAUCUGCUUCCUGCUGGAGCUGAAAUGAAAUGGGCUGGAGGUGUGGAGCGGAGGGACAAGUGAAGAACCAGAAUGACUUCAUUCAAAAGUCUGACACCUUAAAACCCAUUGAAGGCUCGGUCCCGAUCGAGGUGCAUUUUAAUGAAACCGAGCUGGAGUUUAACGCCCAGCUGUGAGUUUAAGACAAGAAAAGUCCUUUUUUCAAUAUGCUUUAAAAGAUUUCAGGCGGAACAAUUUGCAGAUUUCUUAAUUUUUUUUUCUUUUUAACUUCAAACUGUUUACACCUGUAAAGCUAAUAUAAACAUGCAGUGUUAUCCCUCUAACCUCUUUGAUAUAUUUCUACUUUUUCUCCAGAUGCAGACAAAUAUUCAACAUUUCAAAACGCUAAACUUACUAGGAACCUUUCAGCAGCAUUUCUGCAGAAUAACGUACGUUGCAUUGUAAAUGUAACUUUGUUUGGUGCCAAAUAUAAAUAUACAGUGAAUGAUUUUUACAUGAACUUUGUUAAUAACUGUAUUUAUAUAUAUAUAUAUAUAUGUUCCAAAACCUAUUCAUUCAGGUAAAUAACAGAGUGAUGCCUUUGUACUUUAUAUAAGAAUAUCAAAUACUUCUCUUAACAUUUCAAUAAGUCGCAGGAGUUACAGUGCUAUUAUUAAGAUAUUCUAAAAUCCACAUUAAAUAUGAAUAAAAAUAUAUAUAAAGAA